AUGUCACAGCUCCCAUACGCUAAGAGCAUUGGAGUACGAGUACGAUCUACGAGCACGAGCUACGAGAACGAUCUACGAGUACGGGUACGAGCUACGAGUAUGAGUUCGAGCUACGAGUACGGGUACGAGCUACGAGUUGCCUACUGGGGGCCCAACACUGGCUACGGUGCCCACUGGGGGCCCAACACUGGCUACGGUGCCCACUGGGGGCCCAACACUGGCUACGGUGCCCACUGGGGGCCCAACACAGGCUACGGUGCCCACUGGGGGCCCAACACAGGCUACGGUGCCCACUGGGGGCCCAACACUGGCUACGGUGCCCACUGGGGGCCCAACACUGGCUACGGUGCCCACUGGGGGCCCAACACAGGCUACGGUGCCCACUGGGGGCCCAACACUGGCUACGGAGCCCACUGGGGGCCCAACACAGGCUACGGUGCUCACUGGGGGCCCAACACUGGCUACGGUGCCCACUGGGGGCCCAACACUGGCUACGGUGCCCACUGGGGGCCCAACACAGGCUACGGUGCCCACUGGGGGCCCAACACAGGCUACGGUCCCCACUGGGGGCCCCAACACAAACUUCAGCUUUUGGCAAUUUAA